GUAGUAACAGAUUAGAUUUGCAGGCGUCGUUUUCGUCUCCCUUCCUCUUCCUACGAUUCUUACAAUGGCCAAAGAACCAGUUCGCGUUCUCGUUACUGGAGCCGCAGGACAAAUUGGGUAUGCACUUGUCCCCAUGAUUGCUAGGGGAGUGAUGUUGGGUGCUGAUCAGCCUGUGAUUCUGCACAUGCUUGAUAUCCCUCCUGCUGCAGAGGCCUUAAAUGGGGUCAAAAUGGAAUUGGUGGAUGCUGCUUUUCCACUUCUCAAAGGUGUUGUUGCUACAACUGAUGUUGUUGAGGCAUGCACUGGAGUCAAUAUUGCUGUCAUGGUUGGUGGCUUCCCAAGAAAAGAAGGAAUGGAAAGAAAGGAUGUGAUGUCCAAAAAUGUUUCCAUCUACAAGUCUCAGGCCUCUGCACUUGAAAAUCAUGCAGCUGCAAAUUGCAAGGUUUUGGUUGUUGCUAACCCAGCAAAUACAAAUGCCUUGAUCCUGAAGGAAUUUGCACCAUCAAUUCCUGAGAAAAACAUUAGUUGUUUGACAAGACUGGACCAUAACAGGGCACUAGGUCAGGUCUCUGAAAGGCUGAAUGUUCAAGUAUCCGAUGUUAAGAAUGUUAUCAUAUGGGGAAAUCACUCUUCAACUCAGUAUCCUGAUGUCAACCAUGCUACUGUCAAAACCCCAGCUGGUGAGAAACCUGUGCGGGGGCUUGUGGGUGAUGAUGCAUGGUUGAAUGGGGAAUUUAUCACCACUGUCCAACAACGGGGUGCUGCAAUUAUCAAAGCACGAAAGCUCUCGAGUGCUUUAUCUGCUGCAAGUGCUGCAUGUGACCAUAUCCGUGAUUGGGUGCUUGGAACUCCAGAGGGAACUUGGGUGUCCAUGGGCGUAUACUCUGAUGGUUCAUACAAUGUUCCGGCAGGGCUUAUCUAUUCCUUCCCUGUAACUUGCUGUGCUGGAGAAUGGAAGAUUGUACAAGGACUUCAUAUCGAUGAGUAUUCGAGGAAGAAGUUGGACUUGACUGCACAGGAGCUUAGUGAGGAAAAGGAGCUGGCAUACUCGUGCCUUUCUUGAAUGUGCCUUCUACCUUUUCUCUAUUGCCUUGGUAAUUUUAAGCUUCAUAAUAAAUCUGAUUAGGAUUGAAGAGGCAUUUCUGCAGUUUUGAAUAAGGAAGAAAAACCUUAAAUUCCACAAAAAUUAUGAUCGAGGAGAAGCAAUUUCUCCCAUGUUUUUGCAUCUUUCUCAUUUAUGCAUGGUGAUUCUGAUGAUCUCUGCUUAUUGCAGACCUGUUAAUCGGUUUGUAAUGUGCUGAAUGCCAUUGAUAAAUGUUAAUUGUUUUAGUUCUGAGGUUUCAUUUGAUCA